AAUACAUUGAGUCAAAUGUUUUCCAUAUAACAAUAUGAAUAAAUAUACUUGCAUCACGAUUCUCGUUGUAAUUAUCCCAGUUGUACUUGGUGAUAUACCAUGUUCGGAUCCAUCGAGCUUAGUUGGCCAGUAUGUUGGGGAAUCGCAUGAGUGCGUGGCCUUGGUCAAAGCCAAAUGCAGUAACAUGGUCAGUUUUGUCACAUCUAAAUGGGUGCGAGGUAGAAACAUCAAGGACAAUUGCAACUCGAUCUCUAAAUACACCGCAGUGGCCACGUUCACAGCGCCCGGCAACAAGUACCUUGGUCACGCUGCCAUUUUUGAAUCGUGCGACACGGAUGGCGUGUGGGUAUGGGAUCAAUGGGUGGGUCAGCCCACACAUCGCCGUAAGAUGAGGUUCGGUAAUAUGAGUAACUGGCCAUCCAAUGAUGGUUCGGCUUUGUAUACAGUGGAACGUUAAAGUGUGCUUGGUGCUUGACAAUAUUAUUAUAAGUACGUAUAACAUGGAAAAUUAAUGCUAGUACCGGUAUACAAUUAAUAAA